AUGAAAUACGUCGCUUUACUGAGUGGAGGUAAAGAUAGCUGCUACAAUCUCUUACACUGCGCACGAAAUGGACAUCAAUUAGCUGCCGCCGCCUCGUUAGGACCUGGUCAAGGCAAAGAAGAAAUCGAUUCAUAUCUAUACCAAACGGUAGGUCAAGAUGCUAUAGAGCUAGUUGCUCGCGCCUUGGAUGUGCCUCUGUAUAGACGAGUCAUAUCCGGGAUGGCUCUUGAACAAGGCUCAGAAUACGGCCACCGAGAUCCCUCCAGAGGCGUCGGCGUGAUCGGGGAUGAGACUGAGGAUUUACACGCGUUACUGUCUCUAGUCAAAGAUAGACAUCCUGAUGUUGAAGGCGUCUCUGUAGGCGCAAUACUGUCAAAUUAUCAGCGAGUACGAGUUGAACAUGUAUGCCGCCGCCUGGCCUUAACGCCCCUCUGUUAUCUGUGGCAAAGAGACCAGUCCGAGCUGCUUGCAGAAAUGAUCGAAGCAGGAAUGGAGGCGAUUUUAAUCAAAGUUGCAGGUAUCGGACUCACCGUCAAACACCUUGGAAAAAAUCUAGCAGAAAUGCAGCAGACUUUGCUUAAGCUUAACGAUUUAUACGGUUCACACAUUUGCGGGGAGGGUGGUGAAUACGAAACAUUAACUCUCGACUGCCCUCUGUUCAAGCAGCGAAUCAGCAUCCAGGACACUGAGACGGUUGUUCACACUGACGGCGACUUUGCCGUGGUUGCCUACCUUCGUAUCAAGGAUGCCGUCCUCAAAUCGAAAUCAAGCUGUGAGAUUCCGAAUCCUGCGAUUCCACAUAUUCUACCAAAGUCAUACCAAGAGCUCAGCGCAGUAGUUGCAGAACAAGUCUCGACGACCGCUGAUGUGCCAAAUAGCUCAUAUCUCAGUAGUCUACAUGGUGCCGAACCCCUACCACUAAUCCGCAGCCAGCAAGUGGGUAGUUUUGUGACCGUUGCGAAUGUAUCGAGAACAGGUGAAUCAGAUAUGACUAUAGAGGAGGAAGUCCAAGCCUGCUUCCAGCAAUUGGAAGGUAUACGUUUUGUGUCCUCAUAUCUUGGUAAUUAUAACAAGUUUGCAGAUAUACUCCACCACUAUUCACUGAAGCUCUCACAUUGCACUAACAUCAACGUCUUCCUUUCUUCUAUGGACCUGUUCUCCAGAGUGAACGCCGUCUAUGCCACUUACUUUGGGACGAGCCCGCCUGCGCGUGCAUGCGUUGCAGUGGACCUGCCCCCACCUGUGAGGAUCCGACUCGAUUGCAUUUCUUUUGUCGAGAAGACCCCCACGGAUCGCCAAGCGCUACAUGUACAAAGCCUGAGCUACUGGGCCCCUGCAAAUAUAGGACCGUACUCACAAGCAAUCAUAGUAGACGAGCGCGUCUUCAUAUCAGGUCAGAUCGGAUUGAUUCCGAGCAACCUACUACUUCCUUCUCCGCCCUCACUGGCUCUUGAGACUGCGCUAUCAUUCAAGCACGUCGAGAGCGUGGUAGAUAUGUUGCGAUCCAACUCCGGCGGCGGCUGGACAGGUCAUACCCAAAACGCGACAUACUGGCUGGUUAAUGAAACUGAUACGCCGCGUAUAAAAGCAGCUUCCAGUUCAUACGCCAAGGAUGCGCACGCUGCGAUCCUUUUCUUGACUGUCUCGGCUUUACCUAAAGGUGCCUUGGUAGAGAAACAAGUCCUGCUACAUACAGGCCAAUGCUCCCUUGAAGACGAGGAUGGCGAGAUGGUUCUUCAGCAUCUCGUGCCCGAGUUUCAGCAGGGUAGUCUUUUAGGCGCGGAAGGUACAUCCGUAUACUGGGAGGUCUCGUCUAUCAAUAAGAGCAACGCAGUUGCGGUGAUAGCAUUUCGACACGAUACGCCCGAAAACGUUGCAUCACUUAAAAAAAUCCCUGAAUUACACCGCGUUUGGGAAAACCCAGUCUCGGUCCGCCUAUUUUAUAGACGUUCUGUGGCAUCGACAUGUAGGUUUUCUCUUCGGUGA